CUCUGCCUCUGCCCCCUUCUGCUACGUCUUGAUCGAGAUUCUUCAAUCUGAUUCUUUCCGACCUAUCGUUGGCCCUCUCGCGAUAAUUUCUUACUAUGGCUGCUCCGAUGAAGAUCAUCAUAGCUGGAGGCGGUAUCGCUGGUCUGACGCUUGCGAACGCUCUUGAGCAAGCAAACAUCGAUUAUAUCCUCCUUGAAAGAAGACGAGAGUUGGCGCCGCAGGUGGGAGCUUCCAUUGGUAUCAUGUCAAAUGGGGCUAGGAUUAUGGAUCAGUUAGGCUGUAGAGAUGCCUUGUACGCGUGUGUGGAACCAAUCCAAUGGAUCCAUGAUCGCGAUAGCGAUGGCAAACUGUUGACCAAGCCCAACGGGGUUUCGAAACUCAUGAAAUCCAGGUCUGGAUAUGGGUUUGCAUUCAGCGACAGACAAGAUAUCCUCCAGGUAUUGUACGACAACAUCAAGGACAAGAGCAAGAUUCAUGUAGGGAAGAAACUUUCGCAAGUUCGUCAACACUCUGGCGGAGUGACAGUCAUCUGCGAGGACGAUACCUCUUACACCGGUGAUAUCCUGGCAGGAGCGGAUGGUGUCAACUCGAAGGCCAGAAGCGAAAUGUGGCGCCUCGCGGAUGAGGUAGAUUCCGAGCUGGUCAAAGCCGAUAAGAAUUCCCUCGAAUGCUCGUAUCGGUGUCUUUACGGGAUUGCUUCUUCCUCUGCUGGCUUGACCAUCGGCGACUUGCAUAUCGGCUACAACAAAAACUGCAGCCUCAUGACCAUCGUCGGUAAAGAUGAUCGCACCUAUUACUUUGCUUUUGAGAUGAUGGACGAGAUCUACAAGCUUCCUCAUAUCCCGACGUACACCGAGACCGACAAAGUUGAGUAUGCAGAGCGUCUGGGCGGUCUGAAAGCUACGGAAAGCGUGUGUCUGAAGGAUAUACACAAACAUAGUGUUUCAAGUACGCUUGUUGGAGUCGAAACUGCUUCGUACAAGAUCUGGACGUGGGGACGUGUUGCUUGCGUCGGCGACGCCUCUCAUAAGAUGACUCCAAAUGCUGGCUUUGGGGGGAACGCAGCAAUCGAAAGUGCUGCCGCUCUUGCCAACUCGAUCAAGAAGCUGGCCGAUCAGACUCAGGGAGCACGACCAUCCGAAGAUCAGAUCGUGGCUUGUCUUCAAGACUACCAGAAAAACCGCGAGAUUCGGGCCAAAGCUGCAAUCGAUGCCUCGAGUCUGCUCACCCGUCUCCAGGCUCAUGCGACUUGGGGCCAUGUCUUGUUUGCAAAGUACGGACUAACCAUUCUUGGAGACUUUCUGGAGAAUUUGGGUAGCAACAUGGCUGUUGGAGCAACUCUGAUUGAUUAUCUCUCACCUCCGGAGCAAUCCAUCAAAGGUACCCUGCCCUUCAAUCCUGAACAGGGUGAUGGUCACAAGGAGAACCUCCUUGUCCGAGCUAUGCUUGCAGUACCUUUCCUUGGUCUCUUUGGCUAUGCUUGGAGUAUCGCGAAUCCUACAUUCAUCAACACUGGAAAUGAGAGUUCCCUGGGUUUCGCCCAGAACGCCACUGGACAGUUGGUACCGCCUUUGACAGGAAAUUUUCUGGGCUUUGCCGGACAGAGUAACAGAUCUGAUGUCUUGACCGGUGUCUAUGUCUCUGCUUCGGGAAACUUCGACGCCGCUGCCGGCCAUCGUAUUGCCACUCUCUUAGCCUACUUCGGCGUGGUCCUUGCGAUUUGGUCUAUCGAGUCUGUCCGUCGUUGCAACGCCUUGAUGCCAGUUCAGCUACCUAGUCUGUUCGCAAUCUUCGCCCAAGUGAAGGGGAUCGGACUCGUGGCCCCCUUGUAUUACUUUCUCCACUGGGUGUUGACACCCAUCGACUCCUUCAAAGCCACCGACAUGAGACUGACGAGACUGAACUAUACACGCUCAAUUCUGCCCUCGCUCUUGAUGGUCUACUACUUUCCCAUUCUACAAGACUACUUCCUGCCCGUGAACGUCAAGGUGCAGACUUGGUUGCAGAUCUGGCAUUUCUUCCCAAUCUGGCAAUCUCUUACGCAGUGGGCUAUCAGCAAGUUUUUGGAAGAUACCAUCGACCAUGACAAGAUCUACGCACCAAAACGUGAUGUCUCAACCAUCAGAUACACAAUCGCUGUACCUGCUCUUGUAUCGACGGCUGUCUGGCUCUGGACAGUCUUCAAAGCACCCAGCUCACUAUAUCAUAUCUUCAUCCCCCAGAUCCCGUUCCAGGCCGUCACUGAUAUAGAGUCCUUCACCGACAACGUGGUACAGUGGAAUCUACUCAUCUUCGUAGCAUCAACAUACCUUUGGCUUGUUUACUUUGCUUGGGACGCCAAAUCUGCUGGUAUGCUUGAGAAAAGCUGGUUCGAAUUGGUGACGACUAUGACACUGCUCACAAUCGCCCUUGGUCCUGGUGGUACAGUUGGGCUAGCUUAUCUGUACAGGGAAUACAUCAUUACGGAGAAAAGGCAUAGAGCCGCGUUGACGGUGGAAAGCGUGAGAAAGAGAGCUGCUGCCAUAGACAGGAAGCUGUAGGACAUUUGAGCAGCGGGGAUGUAGUAUCACGCGGAAGAGUAUGUACAUGGGAUGGGAUGUGCGUCGUUGAAGCCAGUUGAUAAUUUGGUCUGGUAAUUCUAUCAGUCGUGAAUGGAGUACGGUUCUGUAUAAAUGAAUGCGCCGCGAUCAAUCAAUUUAUACGUUUUAGUAUCCUAGCAUCCUUGUGUUCCCGGAGCUUAGACCUCCGCAGCGGCAGGAUGGUGAAAGUGGCUCUUGGUCUUCGAGUCCAGUCGGAAUGUGUCCUUGGCCUCUAGACACACAACACGACAUCUCAAUUUCCUGCUCUUGUACUGGAAGUCCGGCUCCCAAUUCGAAUCUUGGCUUCACGACUAAUCUCUUCGCACGCGAUGCGAGGUGCUCUGAGAUCGGCAACUAUACCAGAUAGUAGAAUGGAGGUCA